UCUUCGGUCUGUAUUCAUUCUUCAAAUUCCUUCAUCCAGAGAUUUAACACUCGGUCAACCUUUUCCCACUCCUUUUGUUCAAACCCCCAUAAAUAAAACCUCAUUCUCUCAUGUUUCUCAUUGCCUUACAUUUCUCGAUCAACGGAGUCAUUCCGAUUCCGGAGUUUUAAAUUCCAGCUUUCUCCGACGCUCUUCGACUGAUUCCAAAACGGGAAUAACGAAAAAAAAAAAAAAAAACUCCGAAAAGAGUUAUCAAAACUUAUUCCCCAAACAGAAUCAUGUCGAGCUGCGCUAGGGUCACCCUAACCCUCUUCAACAUCGCGAUCUUGAUAUACGCAGUCAUUCAAAUAAUAAUGUCGACAACACCGGAUCAACCCAUAAUAGCACUGUGCUCGUACAACAGCGCCUCGUCUUUACAAUGGAUGGGAAUAUUCUUCUUGGUCGUGUCCAUUAUCGGGCUUAUGGGGUCGUGUUUUCGUAUCAAGGCCGUGGAAUCUAUUUACCUGUGGGUCCUCGUUAUCUGGACUGGGGCUACUAUUGUUUUUGCACUCUUUAUUUAUGCUUCGAUGCCGGGACAGUCGCCUUACCUGACGUUUAAUGCGAUCAAUAGGGAAGGGUUUUGGCUGAAGCAGUACAGGCCGGUUUUGCAGACUGCUCUGGUGAAUGAGAAGGAUUGGUAUAGGAUCAAGACUUGUUAUAAGGAAACCCAUAUUUGUGAUGUUUUGAAAAAUGUCACCAACCCGACAACUUCCCGCUUCGUGCAGACGGGGUGCUGCUUUCCUCCGUACCGGUGCUUGAAAUUCAACUCAAACACGAGUUUGUCAUUCAAGAAUAUGGACGACGAAUGCAAGACUUGGUCGAAGUUGGGUGUGGGCAAAGAAUGCUUCGACUGCGACUCGUGCAAGGCGGCUUACCUGGCCAAUUUCCAGGAGCAAUGGGACAGUCACAUUGUUGACGAGGUUUUAAGGAUUUUAUUCCUGGUGGCCGCGUCUGGAUUCGCUUUUUACGUUUACAAGGAAGACGAAAUCCCCAUUGAUCCAAAGCAUGGGAAGCAUGUAAGAAUUUGAAACUCCUUUUUCUUUUUUUAAAUUCUUUUUUGGGGAAAUGCUAGAGCUUCUUCAUUAAAAUGUUUUCAUUGUGUGUGGAAUUGUAACACGUGAUCGAACAGUGUUGUUCUCACAUUACAUUAAUUAACUUUGUAUUACUUCAUUGUAUCUGUAUGAUUAAGUUAUAUAAAAAAAACAAAUUAAGUUAAUAAUUAGUGGGUUGUGAUUGAAUCUAAUUAAUCAAACCCCUACAUCAAAAGGUAGUAUUUCCACGUCAAACUUAUUCAUGCAAGUAUUUAUCAAUGCAAGAAAAUAAAAUAAAGUAGGUCUAUAUUUUUUGUCUGUUUUGAGGUUGUUA